UUAUUGAUUAUUGAUUAAUUGUUUAUUCAGAAAAUGGGAGUAAUAGCAUUAGAAACAUCGAAUUGUAGCUGGCUGGAAUGACAGGAAAUCAAUCCAGACUGAAGCAUAUCACAAGAACCGAAACCUUUCCCCCAUAGAUCUUCUUCUUCUCUUCUUCGUUGUUCAGGUUGAAAACAGCAGAAGAGAGAGAGAGAGAGAGAGAGAGAGAGAGAGAAAACUGUAAACUCCCCCCUCUAGGGCACGCGACUGGAUCUCCCUCCAUCACAUUAAAGUUUCAAUCUUUGUUUCUGGGUUUGAUUAGAAUCAUGAGUUCUAAAACUAAGAGGAGGACUGUGGCAGAGAAUGGCGAUGCUGCUGAGGAUACUGUUCUUGUUACUAUGAUAAACAAUGGGGACGAUUUAGGUCCUUUGGUGAGGCAUUCUUUCGACAGUGGGAAGCCGGAAGCCCUCCUACAUCAGCUUAAAAAUGUGGUCAAGAAGAAAGAAGUUGAAAUAGAGGAGCUUUGCAAGCUUCACUAUGAGGAUUUCAUUGUUGCAGUGGAUGAGCUUCGCGGUGUAUUAGUUGAUGCAGAAGAGCUCAAAAGCGAACUUGCAUCUGAAAAUUUCAGGUUGCAAGACGUUGGAAGUGCCCUGCUUUUGAAACUCGAAGAUCUUCUUGAAUCCUAUUCGAUUAAGAAGAAUGUUACAGAGGCGAUUAAGAUGUCCAGGAAUUGUGUCCAAGUUCUGGAGCUUUGUGUCAAGUGUAAUACCCACAUUUCUCAGGGGCAAUUUUAUCCUGCUCUCAAAGCUGUAGAUCUUAUUGAGAAAAAUUAUUUGCAGAACAUUCCCGUGAAGAAGCUCAAGGCAAUCAUAGAGGUAAGAAUACCGCUAAUAAAGUCACACAUUGAGAAGAAAGUGUGCACUGAAGUCAAUGAAUGGCUUGUCCAUAUAAGGAGUACCGGGAAAGAUAUUGGGCAGACUGCGAUUUCAUAUGCAGCAUCAGCUCGCCAGAGGGAUGAAGAUAUGCUAGCUCGUCAAAGAAAGGCUGAGGAACAGAGUUGUUUGGGUUUGGGACAUUUCAGUUAUAGCUUGGAUGUUGAAGAAAUAGAUGAAGAAUCCAUUUUAAAGUUCGAUCUUACACCACUUUACCGAGCCCACCACAUUCACAAAUGUCUUGGAUACCCAGAGCAGUUUCGCGAAUACUACUACAAAAAUCGGUUCUUGCAGCUAAGUUCAGAUUUGCAAAUUUCCUCAGCUCAACCGUUUCUUGAAUCCCAUCAGGGUUUCUUGGCUCAGACUGCGGGGUAUUUUAUUGUUGAGGAUCGGGUAAUGCGGACUGCUGGUGGGCUUCUAUCACCGAGUCAGCUCGAGACGAUGUGGGAAACGGCUGUGGCCAAAGUUACUUCAGUCUUGUCGGACCAAUUUUCCCAUGUUGAUAGUGCCAGUCAUCUUCUCUUGGUGAAGGAUUACGUGACUCUUUUUGGGGCAACCCUCCGAGAUUAUGGCUACGAAGUGGGCUCAAUUCUCGAGACUCUCAAUAGUAGCCGUGAAAAAUAUCAUGAACUUCUUUUGGCAGAGUGUAGGCAACAAAUCAUGGGUAUCAUCACGAAUGAUACAUAUGAACAGAUGGUAAUGAAAAAGGAGUCGGACUACCAGGCAAAUGUUUUGGUAUUUCAUCUUCAGACCUCUGAUAUAAUGCCCGCAUUCCCUUUCAUUGCUCCCUUCUCGUCUAUGGUACCCGAUUGCUGUCGAACUGUUAGAGCAUUCAUCAAGGAUUCGGUUAAUUAUUUGUCUUAUGGAAGCCAAAUGAACUUUUUCGAUUUUGUCAAGAAGUAUUUGGAUAAGCUCUUAAUUGAUGUCCUAAAUGAAGCAAUACUCGACACGAUUCACAGUGGCACGACUGGUGUGUCUCAGGCUAUGCAAAUUGCUGCAAAUAUAGCUGUUCUAGAAAGAGCGUGCGAUUAUUUUCUUCAACAUGCAGCCCAACAAUGUGGGAUCCCUGUCCGGUCAGUUGAAAGACCUCAAGGCAGUUUAACUGCCAAGAUUGUUCUCAAAACUUCUAGGGAUGCUGCUUAUCUUGCUUUGUUAAGCUUGGUAAACGACAAGUUGGAAGAGUUCAUGUCACUCACAGAAAACGUGAACUGGACGGUAGAAGAUGCUCCCCAGGGAGGAAAUGAGUAUAUUAACGAGGUGCUUAUUUACCUCGACACCCUUAUGUCCACUGCUCAGCAAAUUUUGCCUCUUGAUGCUUUGUAUAAAGUCGGGAGUGGUGCACUCGAGCAUAUUUCCAACUCCAUUGUGGGAGCUUUUCUUAGUGACGCUGUAAAAAGAUUCAACGUUAAUGUUGUGAUGGGCAUCAACCAAGAUUUGAAGGCAUUGGAAUCUUUUGCUGAUGAGAAGUUUCACAGCACCGGGUUGAGCGAGAUAUACAGCGAAGGAAGCUUCCGAGGAUGCUUGAUAGAGGCUAGACAAUUGAUAAACCUUCUGUUGAGCAGUCAACCGGAGAACUUCAUGAAUCCUGUGAUACGGCAGAGGAACUACUAUUCUUUGGAUUAUAAAAGGGUUGCGACUAUCUGUGACAAGUACAGGGACGCUGCUGAUGGACUGUUCGGAAGUCUUGCAAGAGGAAAUACUAAGCAAAGUGCCCGUAAAAAAUCCAUGGACACGCUGAAGAAAAGACUAAGGGAUUUCAACUGAGAAAUCGUAAUAUAUGGAUUAGAAAGUAGCUUCUUUUUGUUUUUCCUUAAUUUUUUUUUUGUGAUUGAAAAUAAACGAAUUCUUUUAUUUGCUGCUGAAUUUUCAGAAAUGAGGAGUGUUACUUUUAUUGUUCUGCA